GCCGGCGCCGCGCGUGACGCAACGGUGCGGCGGCGCCUGCCGGGGGCUGUAGUGCGGACGGGGCGGGCCCCGCCGCCCGUUGCCAUGGCGACGCGUCGCCCCGGCCCGCGGCCCGCCGCGGCCCCGCCGCUCCCCGCCGCGCAGGGCCGGGCCGCGGCCGGGCCCGGGGGCUGCGGAGGGGCCGCGGGAGCCGCGCGGGGCCGCGGCCGCAAGGCGCUUCCGCCGGCGGGCGGGGGGCGGGCGGGCGCGAUCGCGCUUUCCGGGGCGGGGAGCACCGCGCCGCCAUGCCCGCCGCCCCGCUCGGCCCCGGCGCGGCCGCCCGGGCGAGGCGCGGGGCGCUGCGGGCCCCAUAGGCACCGUCCCCCCGCGCCGCGGGGGAGCAGCGCUGUCCGGGCCAUGGCUGCCGCCUGGCCCUGGCUGCUGCUGUGGCUGGGGGCGGGCGCCCUCCCGGCCCCGCCGCGCAUCCGGCUGCCGCUGCGGGGCGGCGCGGCCCCGCCGCCGGGUCCCCGGGCGCGCCGGGCGCCGGAGGAGGCCGAGCGCGGCGCCAGCGGCUUCGUGGAUAUGAUCGACAACCUGCGGGGCAAGUCCGGGCAGGGCUACUACGUGGAGAUGACGGUGGGCAGCCCCCCGCAGAAGCUGAAUAUCCUGGUGGACACAGGGAGCAGUAACUUCGCUGUGGGAGCUGCACCUCACCCCUUCCUCCGGAGAUACUACCAGCGGCAGCUGUCCAGCACCUACCGCGACCUGCGGAAGGGUGUGUAUGUGCCCUACACCCAGGGCAAGUGGGAAGGGGAGCUGGGCACCGACCUCGUCACCAUUCCCCACGGCCCCAACGUCACCGUCAGGGCCAACAUCGCUGCCAUCACCGAGUCAGACAAGUUCUUCAUCAACGGCUCCAACUGGGAGGGGAUCCUGGGGCUGGCGUACGCCGAGAUCGCGCGGCCCGACGACAGCCUGGAGCCCUUCUUUGACUCCCUGGUGAAGCAGACCCGGGUGCCCAACAUCUUCUCCCUCCAGCUUUGCGGGGCAGGAUUCUCCCCCAACGAGACGGAGGCGCUGGCAUCGGUGGGAGGCAGCAUGAUCAUCGGUGGCAUCGACCGCUCACUGUACGUGGGUGACAUCUGGUACACACCUAUCCGGAAGGAGUGGUACUACGAGGUCAUCAUCGUCAAGCUGGAGGUCAACGGGCAGGACCUGAACAUGGACUGCAAAGAGUACAACUAUGACAAGAGUAUCGUGGACAGCGGGACCACCAACCUCAGGCUGCCAAAGAAGGUGUUUGAGGCUGCGGUGAAAUCCAUCAAAACAGCUUCUUCGACGGAGAAGUUCCCGGAUGGCUUCUGGCUGGGGGAGCAGCUGGUUUGCUGGCAGGUUGGCACCACCCCCUGGCACAUCUUCCCGGUCCUCUCCCUCUACCUGAUGGGGGAGGCCACCAACCAGUCCUUCCGGAUCACCAUCCUGCCCCAGCAAUACCUGCGCCCGGUGGAGGACGUGGCCACCUCUCAGGACGACUGCUACAAGUUCGCCAUCUCCCAGUCCUCCACGGGCACCGUCAUGGGCGCCGUCAUCAUGGAGGGCUUCUACGUGGUCUUCGACCGUGCCCGCAAGCGCAUCGGCUUUGCUGUCAGCGCCUGCCACGUGCACGACGAGUUCCGGACGGCCGCGGUGGAGGGGCCCUACCUGCACUCCAACAUGGAGGACUGCGGCUACAACAUCCCGCAGACGGACGAGUCCACCCUGAUGACCAUCGCCUACGUGAUGGCAGCCAUCUGCGCCCUCUUCAUGCUGCCCCUCUGCCUCAUGGUGUUCCAGUGGCGCUGCUUCCACUGCCUGCGGCGGGACCAUGACGACUUCGCCGACGACAUAUCCUUGCUGAAGUGAUGGUGGAGCGCAGGGGCGGCGCCGGGGCGCAGGUGAGGCGGUGGGGCAGGGACAGGUAGGACCUUGCUCUGGGGGCUGCAGCGUGGAGCAGGGCAGCGGCGUGGGGAGCCCAGACCCUCCUGGCCCUGGGGGCUCUGCCUGUCGGGGAUUCACGCUGACGAGCCAUCCCCUGCCUGUCCCCUUUCACCCUCCAUCCCUGUGCAACUGCCCUUUUCAGCCCCCCCUGCAGCUCUCCACGCAGGGAGCUGUGCGUGUGCGCACUGUGCUGCAGCCGUGCCUUCCCGUGCAGCUCCCUGCGUGGAUACCUGCUGAGCCAGGCUCCAGAGCUCACAUCUCUGGAGCCUCCCGUCCCCAGCCCCAGGCUUUCUGGAGACAGCCACGCAGGGCCAGCCUGGGGCUGCGCGGACAGGAGCUGCCAGAGGCAGAGCUUUCCCUCCCAUGCUCCUGCUCCCCUCUACACCAUCUGCUCUAGCCAUUCCCUUGGCUGUUCCCCUGCCCUGUCCAAGUGCCCUCCCACUGCCGCCAGCCCAGGGCUCCCUGCGCCCACCCUGCCCUCCCGGCUGCCCCCGGGACAGGCAGGAGCACGCAACCAUCUCCGCUUCCGCUCGCCACGUUCCCAAGGGGAUGGGAACUGCCUCGGCCCCGCGGGGUGCACGGGGAGGGGAGGAAGGAGGGACGCAGUGCUCCUCAGCCCACCCGCCCGUUCAAAGCCAUAGGGGAGCCCGUGCCGCAGCCCCUGCCCUGCCUCACCGCCAGCGAGUCCCCAGCCGGGCACAGCAGCUCCUCUCUGCUCCCUCUGCGUCCUCGUCCGUGUAUCCCGGCCCUGGCUCCUGCUCCCGAGGCGGAGGCACCCGCAGCUCUGGGACUGCAGCAUUCCUUAUUUUUUAAACAAACACAGUUGUAUUUAUUUCUUUUUUAUAUAUACGAUGCAAGUCCCUGGUAGUGCAGCUGCGCCAAUCAGCGUGUAUAUGGCAGGUCCCCCCCGCGCCCGGCGUGCCGACAGCUCCUCACCUGUACCAUACACACAUAUAGCUCUAUUUUUAAUUCCAGCGCUGAAAGCCACUGCUCCAACCCCAACGUUGACGGGUUUGGUCCUGUUUUGGUUUGGGUUUUUUUACAUCCUUUUAGUCUCUGCUCGGUCCUGGGGCCUUGGCCGCAACCCAUGGCCAGGGCUCGCUCAGCAGCGUGCUGGGGGGAGCCCUUUGUGGAUGGGAGGUGGGCAGAGUUGGUUUCGGAGGUGGUGGUGGUGGUGGCAGAGCUGGAGGACGCAGAGAGCAGAAUGGACACUGAGCACAGGAGGCACUUCUGUGCUCAUCGUGUUCUGCCAGCGCAGGGAGGAUUUCCUGGUCCAUGAGGACAAACCUGCUGCUGUGGGCCCCUGGGCUGCAGGCGGUUGGGAAUGCCGCAGCUCCUGGCUGCGCCGCCUCGGACAGGCAAGUGCUUUGUUUUAAACACCAAAAUUCACCCAUCCAAGGGCAGCGUUCCUCAGUGAGCAAAACACGGGGCUCCCCGCGGUGCCGGGGCCGAGGCGGCAGCUCAGGCAGGGCAGGGCUGCUGUAACCACCGUGUGGAAAGCUUGGAAAGGCGCUCCCGCAGCUUGGAAAGGCGCUCCCGCAGUCACAUAGCGCUUUGGGAAAGCUGCAAGAGAGGCAGUGCGCGCGGUGGGAGGAGGAGACGGGCGCAGCGCAGCCUGGGCCAGCACCGCAGCCCGCUCCAUGCACCCGCUUCACCAGCAGCGCGCUUGCAAGCGGUGCCCGCGCCGUGCCUGGCUCCAAUCCUGCAACCAGCCAGCCGUGCCGCUGCGGCGCGGGACAGCGCAUGGACCUGCCCGCCCAGCACCCCCGGGACUCCCUGCUGGAACACUGCCUUAACCCGCGCUGGCAAGCGGCUGCCUAGGAACACGCGGCCGUGGCCAGACCCUGGUGUGCUGCACCCGAGGGGCAGCGCUGAAUCUGUGCCACAGGCUGCAGAUAAAGAAGGGGAAACGCUACGGAGCCGGUGCGAGAUCCAAAGUGGUGCUGAACACCUCGAAACCCCACCGAAAUCCAUGGAGAAAGGGUCGGCACGUGCUUCAGGAGGAAGCACAGGAGAGGGAAGCGGGGAAGUGCAGCAGUAUGGUGCCCCCGAGCUGCAGCGCAGCCGCUGCUCCCUGCCCAGGCCCCGGCACAGCACCAGGCGCAGGCUCUGCCCUGCAGGAGGGCGAUGGGGACGGGACGGGUACCGCCGCUGGCGCUGCAGGCCCCAGUACUCUGUAACCUAUUGUCUAUGUAAGAACAAUGAAUGUUACCACGGUAAAUUAUUAUUACAUUAAAAAAGAGACCACAAAACCUG